AUGGCCUUAGCAAGUCGGGUGACGCAUCAGUUUGCCCAUAUUGCUCGGGAAAUCACCUCCCAACCCAUCAAUCGCAAGAUCAAAGAGCUAGCAAUACUCUCAACCCUCGAUCGAACAACCAUUGCGCAGUGGAAUGCUGGAUCCUUUGCACCAAUAUCAUCCUGUUUCCACCAUCUAUUUGCUGCCCAGGCCCAAAUACAACCUGAUGCCCCCGCAGUUUCUGCCUGGGAUGGCGAGUUGAGCUACGGCGAACUCGACGGACUCUCUGAACGACUAGCUGGGAAACUCCUGGAUAGUGGGUUGCGCAAAGGAACCAUUGUCCCUCUGCUAUUUGAAAAGUCCAAAUGGAUGGUUGUCAGCGUAUUGGGGGUUCUGAAAGCCGGGGGCGCUUGCGUGGGCUUAUGCACCAGCCAUCCAGACUCUUAUAUCCAAGGCAUUAUUGCCCAAACGGGCACCAGCCACGUUUUGUCAUCUUCUACCCAAACCGGAAGGUUGAAGGGGAUGGACCAAGCUGUGUGGGCCGUCCAGGAGAUCUUGGAGCAGGAAUCCUCGAGCACGAACGAUCGACAGGUCAAAGAAUUGGUGCAAUCCGAGCCCCAAGAUCUGGCAUUCGUGAUCUUCACAUCCGGCAGCACUGGGAAACCGAAAGGAGCGCUUCUCACCCAUGAAUCCAUUUCGACAUGUGCCCACUAUCAUGGGUUGAUAUGCAAUGUGAAGCCAGGCUCUCGCAUAUUGCAGUAUUCCUCUUACGCGUUUGAUAUGAGUACUAUUGAGACCUGGUUUGCGCUGGCCCUUGGGGGGUGCUUGUGCGUCCCGUCCGAGUCCCAACGGCUGUGGGAUCUUCCUGCCUUCAUUCGAGAUCACCGUGCCACCUGGGUAUUCUUUACUCCUACCACCUUGCGCAGCUACCACCCCGGGGACCUCCCUGGCCUGGAGAACAUUGUCCUGGGAGGCGAAAAUGUUACGGAGGAUUUAGUCCACCAGUGGCAAGGCCACGCGCGCCUGUUCGACUACUGGGGCCCAGCCGAAUGCACUGGAUCUGCUGCGUGCGAGAUCGUGCCGGACACUUGGAUCCCGGGCACAUUUGGCUGUGGCGCUGGUAGUAGGCUGUGGAUCGUGCGCCCUGAGAAUCUGAACCAGCUAGCUGCCGUCGGAACAGUGGGCGAGGUCGUGGUAGAGGGCGAUAUUGUGGCUCAAGGGUACCUGAAUGAUCCGGUUCGCACGGCAGAGGUGUUCAUUGAUCCUCCCAAGUGGCGCUCCCAGUUCAAGCAGGAAGUGCAGGGACGACUUUACAAGACGGGGGAUUUAGUGCAAUAUAAUCCCGAUGGCACCGUUCGAUAUGUCUCCCGAAAAGAUACCGUGGUUAAGAUUAAUGGGCAGCGUGUUGAUUUGGACGCGGUCGAGGUUGCCAUCCGCACUCUAAUACCAGACCAACAGGCCGCAGUGGAUGCUGUAGUCAUAAAAGGGCGAAAUAGUCGCACCGAUUCUGUUUUACUGGCCUUCAUCGAGACGCCAGCCGGGGCAGAUUGGGUGGAGGACCUGGCGACAGUUCCUGAGGAAAUGCGAGAUCCAGCGGCUUGCAUUGCUGAAGCCACGCGGCUGCGUCAUGAACUCUUAAAGUCCCUGCCACGGUUCAUGGUGCCUAGCUUCAUCAUCCCAUUAACUCGCAUACCGCUCAGUGCCACCGGUAAGGUGGACAAAAAACGCCUCCGCGCUUCUGUGGCCGGUAUGAACCAUAGAUUCGCAUCACCAAUCGAUUGUGAAGCAGCAGAAAAGGAACAUCCAUUGACCGAAGGAGAACACAUUCUUCUGGCGACUGUAGCUCGGGUUCUCGGGGUCGAAGCCUCGACCAUCGAUAUGGACGCCUCGUUUCGCCAAUUAGGCGGAGACUCGGUUCAUGCUAUCCAGAUCGCCCGCAGCGUGGCGCAGAGCGGCCAAACGCUUCGAAUGGACGACAUUCUUACCGGCAAAUGGUCCCUAAGGGAGCUGGCGCAGACGGUGAGGAACAUUGCGCAAACUACGUCCAAAGUAUUAGAACCAUUUUCGCUUCUCCAUCCGGCUGCAGACAUAUCCCUCUUGCGUGAAGAGGCAGCCGAGCAAUGCCAGAUGUCGACAAAGGACAUUGAGGAUCUAUAUCCGUGUACGCCCCUGCAGGAAGGUCUCCUCUCCCUUGGCUCCAGGGGGGCCUCGAACGCGUAUGUCGACCGAUUUAUUUUCCAUUUGCCCGAAGCCGUGGAUUUAGACCGACUGGCCGCUGCUUGGACUGCCGUUAUCGACCAGCUCCAGGUUCUUCGGACGCGGAUCAUUCAGAGCAGCAAUAGUCAGUUUCUGCAGGUUGUUGUGCGCCAGCCAUCCAUCUGGGCUGAGUAUACAACGGUUGAUGAGUUCAUGGAGAUAGACGGUAAAAGCGAGAUGGGCUUUGGCACUCCGCUAAUUCGCUUGAGCCGGAUUGCGAGCGAGCCCGUUAUGUUGGCUAUCACCCUCCACCAUGCCAUCUACGACGGAUGGACUCUUUCUCUGCUCCUCCGGCUCGUUGAACAGACCUACGAGGGUUCGCCGGGGAUGCAGCCCCUCGCAUUCUCUCGGUUCGUUGAACGUACACUCCAACAAUAUGAUUCCAUGGCCAUGUCGGAUUUCUGGCGUCGUGAGAUGGCAGAUGUGCAGCCGAUUACUUUUCCAGAAUACCCGAGCCCUGACUACUAUCCUAUGGCCACGACCUCUCUGUGUCGUUCGCUCGCAGCCCCUGUGAUAACGGCGACCAAGUCUCCCCCCGCCAGUCCCACAACUCAACUGCGGCUAGCUUGGGCUCUGCUGCUAUCUUUAUACGGCGGCACAGACGAUGUUGUGUUUGGGAGUGUAAUUGACGGUCGGCGCGGCGAUCUGCCUGGCAUCGAGGCUGUGGCGGGUCCUACAAUUUGCACAGUUCCUGUACGCACCAAGAUUCAACGUGAUAUGACCGUGAGGGAAGCAACCCGCCUGAUCGAGGACUCCGUGAGUCGCACGAUACCUUAUGAACAGUACGGGUUGCAGAACAUCGCACGGGCCGGGCCGGAUGCUGCAGCCGCAUGCCAAUUCCGCAGUCUACUUGUCGUUCAGCCGGAUGAGGAGAUUUUGGACAGCCUAGUCUCGGGCCAAGUUGAGCCCCGGCUAGGUGCAAUGCAUGGUUUCCCUGGGUAUGCGAUUACCCUAAUCUGCCACCCUAAACCUGACAGGUGGAAGCUGGAGCUUCUCGUGGACGAGAAGGUUGUCUCGUCCAGCCAGGGAUCACGCAUAUUGGAGCAACUGGAUCAUAUUCUGAAUGAGCUGGCGCAAGAAGAUCUUCAAAUCAGCGAUAUUAAUCUCCUAUGCCCGGGUGAUCAGUCACAGCUGUCUGCGUGGGUGCACGCGGAUGUACCAGAGCAGCGUGACUGCUGCAUUCAUGACCUUUUCAGUCAGUCUGCAACAGACCGACCGCACAAGAUCGGUAUUGCCGCAUGGGAUGGAGACCUAACAUACUCUCAACUCGACCAGCUCUCCAGCGCCGUAGCUGCUGGGUUGAUGUCACAAUGCCAGUCCGAGAACGGCACGAUAGCGAUCCUCCUGCCGCGCUCCCGAUGGGUCCCGGUGAGUAUGCUGGGAGCCAUGAAAACAGGUCGACCGUUCGUGAUGUUGGAACGGAAUCAACCAGUGGAACAUCAUCAGCGGGUGUGCAGGAAGGUGAACGCAACUCAGAUUGUGGCUUUCGAGACCACUGUAGCGCAAGCUCGGAGCUUAGUCCCCACGGUGUAUGUUGUCGGGCCUCAUAUUGAGGAUCCCCAAUUCCUACUACCGAACGGAACUGGCAGCUCUCAAUGUCAAGCAAAGCCCGUGACGAGUCAAGAUACCGCGUAUUAUGUAUUUACCUCGGGCUCAACCGGCGAGCCUAAAGGAGUCAUUAUCGAGCACGGGCAGUACGCCUCUGCUAUAGUGGCACAGCAUCGAAGCCUCCAUAUUACCGCCCACUCUCGAGUCCUCCAUCUCUCGUCCUAUGCAUUCGACUCAUUUCCCGUGGAGAUUCUCACGACUCUCUGUAUGGGAGGCUGUGUUUGUAUUCCCUCCGAUGAAGAAAGUUACAACGAGAUUGCCCGAGCGGUGCGCCGGUUCCAAGCCACAUGGCUGGUGACUACUCCAUCCAUGCUACGGCUGAUCGAAGGGGAGGAGGAUCUUCCUAGUCUGCGUACCCUGGUUGCGGUGGGCGAGUCGAUGCUGCCAGGACAAGGAGAGCACUGGGCAUCUCGCGUGCAGCUCCUUUGCGGGUAUGGGCCAACCGAGUGCUGCACCGGCGCCUCCGCACAACCUGUCAGUGCGGGCCACAUAGACGUCCGUAAUAUUGGCCCCGGAAUGGGCGCAAGACUAUGGCUUGUACACCAGGAUGACCAUCACACGCUGGUUCCCGUCGGGACAAUUGGUGAAAUCGUAAUCCAGGGCCCGAUAGUCGGCCGUGGGUACCUGCAUGACCCCGAAAAGUCCCAGGAUGUGUUCCUAGAAACCGCGGAUUGGGUUGCCUCUAUGAGUUUUGCUCGGCACCACAGGCUAUACAAAACGGGAGAUCUUGGCUACUACAAUGAAGACGGGACGUGUACGUUCUUGGGUCGCAAGAGUCAACAAGUCAAGUUGCGCGGCCAACGGUUGGAUCUCCAUUUGCUCGAACAUCACCUGCGCCGAUUGUUUGGCACUGGCUGCAUUGCUAUUCCGGCCGUUAUUCGUCCCCAGGGUGAUCAAGCACACCCAGUGCUCGUGGCCAUGAUCCAUCUUCCCACUGACAAUGGAAAAUCAAACACCGAGCAUACGUUCUGCAUGCAGUCUCCCGGAUUCAUCCAGGCAGCAAUAAAAGCGCGUGACGUUCUGCAGCAAGGGUUGCCCUCAGUCAUGGUGCCGUCGCUGUUCCUUCAGAUAUCUCAGGUGCCAAUGUUGGCAUCCGGCAAGGUCAACCGUUCGGCUCUCCAGCGCGCGGCAGCAGCCAUGGCUGUUCAGGAUCUCUUUGGCCUCGCCCGAUUGGGCGCGAACAGCGUCGAAGAGGUACUGAACCCUGACGAAGAUGUUGCCAGGAGUCUCUCUCAAUCUUUGGCGAACAUGAUGCACAAGAAUCUGCAGUCUCCCCACGAUAACACGACUAAUCCGGUAUCAACUGGUGAGAGCCGACCCGAGAAUGAUUGGAUUGUCGGCCAUAAUGUAUCCCCAGCACAUCUCGGACUGGACUCGAUUGAUAUGGUGUCGUUUGCGCGACUGAUUGCGCGCGAGUACCAAUUGAAGAUCCCAGCCACCGUGCUAUUCCAGAGUACAUUAACAGUCCGCAAGAUUGCAGAGAUGAUCUCUGCCCGAGAAAACGGCAUCGUGUGUGCCCAGCCAGAUCACGAAUCAGCCCCAUGGUGGAAACAUUACCAGCAAUUGCUGGCUUCCAUAGACCUCUUCGAGGGCGGGCCGCCACCAGCCACGCUUUGCAGGGACUCAAUAGCAACGCAGCCCCAAUAUCGCCCUCGUCGCGUUUUCCUCACGGGGGGGACCGGGUUCCUGGGGUCUCGCAUUCUCCAGCAGCUUGUAGCCAAUCCUGACGUCGAGUCGGUCACGGUCCUUGUGCGUGGCAGCAGCGUUGUCCAAGCGAUGGCUCGGAUCAUCCGCUCUGCACGCCUAGCCCAGUGGUGGCGUGAGGAACAUCAACGUGUUGUGCAUGUAUGGCUGGGUGAUCUUUCGCGUCCAAAUCUAGGCCUCUCGCCCGAGCGGUGGGCGGUUCUUUGUGGACAAAGUAGCUGCUGCCCCUCCGAGCACUUUGAUGCCAUCAUCCACAACGGAGCGUUGGUGCACUGGGUCUAUGACUACGACGCCCUUCAGGCCAGCAACGUCGGGAGUACACUUCAACUCCUCAAGGCGCUCUCAACCACUAAACACCCAAUUUCCUUUACCUAUGUGUCAGCGCUCCGGCCAGGAGAGGAUGGUAUUCCUGAGGUGGGCGACGUACGCGAGGCCGUAUCUGCGGAUGUUGGAUACAGUCAGACCAAGCUGGUUUCCGAGCUUCUAAUUCAACGAUAUGAGCAGAUGUCUCGGCGGUCAAAUGUCUCAUUUGCAAUCGUCCGGCCUGGAUUGAUGAUGGGUGCUGCUUCCGAUGGAGUCGCCAACGUAAACGACGUUAUAUGGCGCACUGUCUCGGCCGCCGUCAAUGUCAACGGCUUCAAUACCGAGGAAGAGGACUCGUGGGUUUACAUAGCGCCAGUGGACUGGGUCGCCACGGUGGUCGUACAUGAAACAAUUCACACACCAGAGUUAGGGCACGGGAUUAAGGUGACCGCCAUCGAGGACGGACUGCAUGUGAAGGAUUUCUGGAGAGCCAUUAUCAAGGCCACAUCCCAGGCUUUGGUUCCCAUGGACGGUACCCAGUGGGUGUCUCGAAUCCAAAAUCAGAUUCAGACCGUUGGACGCCAGCAUCCUCUGUGGCCUGUCAUUGAUUUCUUCCAGGCCACUUCUGGCUGCAUUGGGUCUGUCCUUGGAGACCGUACAAAACCCGAUUCCGCAAGGGGAUCGGCACAGAGCAUUCUUUGGAUGACAGUCCUGCGGAAUGCGCAGUACUUAACCUCCAUGGGCUUCUGGGAGACGACCCAAAACCAAGUAGAUCAUCCACAGAGGACGCAUGACUUUGCCUUUCAACGGACUGGCCUUCAGUUGAAGAGCACGGCGUGAUCCAUUUCAUAUGAUAAAGAAGCAAGCAACCGGGCUUGCAUUACUACUGUUUCUCCAUUUGAAUUCCGAUUCUAUACUCGCCAGAACGUGAACCUUUCCGCACUAUACAUUCAUCACGGUGGUUUCGGGAUUUUGAGGCCUGGUAUUUUCAUUGAAUUUUCAUUGGAUUUUUCUUUUUUUGGGAUGCUUUGCAAGUUACUAUAGAAGAGACGAACUCCUUAUACCAUUGUUUAAGUUGAUUUAAACUACCUUACUAGAUUGAGGCACUGGCUGGGUCUUAGUCGGAAGCAUUACAUGUGCAAUUCUUGCUAUAUGGGUGUCUAAACACGGCAAG